GCCACGCAUCCAUACACACCAACAACAUCCAUGCCUCCAAAACCCAUUACACCAAAUUUGGUUCGUUCAUACUUAACUACCAUACAUUAACCACCAUACAUUAACCACCAUACAUUAACCACCACCAAAUUACUAUGGCAGGAAAGCGGACAUUCUACACCGACGAUGAGUUGGUGAUAACUAAGCCCGGCACCAAUGUGGAGAUCAGUGCGGAGUUAAGGGAAAAGGAACUGGCUCAUGGCAACAUAAGUUUCAUAGAAGGAAUGGGGAUUAGAACUACACCAUACUUUGAAAAGUAUGCUAAUCAAUUUCGAUUAUAUUUGCAUGAUAAGACGUCUGUUGCCGAAGCAGAAUUGAAUACACAAAUUAGUGCAGUUAAUAAUGAAAUUCAAUCUAUAACUAAUGAAAUUCAAUCAUUUAUUAAAGAACCUUUAUUACCUAAUAGUAUUUAUAUAUUAACUCUUACAUUAGCUGGAUCAAUUUUAGUUAAUAGAAGAGUAUUCCCCUUAAGAUUAGUAACUCCUAUACUAUUUGGUACUGCAUCCUUAUCCUACUAUAUGCCAAAUACUUUUAAAACAAUUACUACCAGAUAUGAAACUUAUGAGAAAGAAACAUUUCCUGAGUUUAAUACUCAAAAGAAUCAAUUAAUCUUUGAUAAUUACUAUAAAUUCAAACAAGAGUUUGAAAAUCAAUUGGAUCUGGCUAAUGCUACAUUAACUGAUUCGGUUCAUAGUGCUAGAGUAUAUAUCAAAGAUUUGAUAUCCGAUGACGAUAACUAGACUGUACUAAAAACUUUUGUGUAUAUGUAAUUCUUUAUAUAAACAAACAAACAAUAAUAAAUAUAUAAUA